GUGAUAUGUUGUCUGAUGUUUGUGAUUAACUAUUGUGUCAAUAAUUUAACUGAUUCUGCACAGUACCUGUAACGUUAGGGAAGACAGGAGGACCAAGCAGACUUUUUAACCAAUUACAUUCAAGUUUAUUGUUAGGCACAAAAGGCACGAUGUUACCAAGACGACUGGAAGCAAAACAAAUGGAGCAAAGUGAUUAUAAAAUUUUUGCCUGGUGAAACAUACAAAUCAACGAGAGGCUUGCAACAGCUCCACGCAAUGAUGCGUCUGGAGGCUGAUAUUGCUCGUAAGAUGAAGAGCGAGCAUGAGCGGGCCUCUGUGGAGCAGGAGAAGCAAGACCAUAAGCGCUACGAGGAGGUGGUGCAGUACCAGCAGGAGCUGGAACAGCAGCUGGAGGAGAAAGAGCACAAGAGACAGGAGGCUUAUGAGGAGUUCCUCAAGGAGAAACUCAUGGUUGACGAAAUCAUCAGGCAGAUCUAUGAGGAGGAUCAAAUGGAGAGGCAGUUAAGACUGGAAAAGAUAACAGCCACUCAAAGGUACAUAGAGGAGUUCAAGAGCCAGCAGACUGAGUGGAGACUGAUGGAGCGGGAGAAGAUGGAGGCUAAGAGCAGACGCAUCCUGGAAUUUGCCGGUUACCAGCAGCUAAGGAGAAGAGCAGAAUGGAGAAAGUCAGAACGAGGGCAGGCAAAAGAACACCUUCACCAGAUGCUCACUAAGAUUGAAAUGGAGAGGCAGCAGCAGGCAGAUGAUGAUGGCCAAGUUUGCUGAGGACGACCGCAUAGAGCAGAUGAAUGCGCAGAAACUUCGCAUGAAGCAGCUUGAGCACAAGAGGGCUGUGGAGAAACUGCUGGAGGACAGGAGCCAGCAGUACCUGGCUGACAAGGAACGUGAGGCUGAAGAAAGAGCAAUGGAACAGAAGAGGGAGACAUUGCGUCGACAGAUCAUUGAGGAGGAAAGGUAGACUUCUCAAACUCCAUGCCACAAAACUACUGGGCUAUCUACCUAAGGUAAAGGAGAGGAGGUUGUCUUAGUUUUUAGUUCUACUGCAAGUGUUUUCUUUAAACUCUGGUCAUUGGCUGUCCAAAAUCUUUAAAAAAAACAACUUUUGAUGCAAUGUUGCUCCAGCAAGAUUCCACUUUUGAAACUGACUGUUAUUCUCAAAUGUUAAGGGCAUAUUCUGGGAAGAUGACCUUGAACACUUUGAUGAGGACUUCAGAAGCAAUUUCCAAAAGCGCCAGGCUGACAUCUUUGAUGAAGAGGGCUGGGGAGAUGAUGAAUAACCACUUUCUAUACUACACCACUAGAUGGCAUUAUUGGGUAGAUGCUGUCUGGUGUAUCAAAUGGUGGAUUUCUUAUGGCGAUGGUGUACUCAAAUGUAUUAAGUUGCAAUGACUAAUUUGUAUCCCACUAGCUGCAUAUCACAACACCAUAAAUCCUAUCAUGGAGGUGCAGCAAUUUUCAGUUGAAGUCAUUUGGUAAU